GAUUUUGCUUCACACACAGCUGCCUUUCUCCGGAGCACCCGGCUUUUUGCCAGCACUGGACGAAGAGAUCAUUGAUCUCUAACCCCCAAGCACCUCACACAUGAUUGGCUGCGUGUAAGAAUGGAGUUUCUCCUCCACACUCUACCACACCGGACCUACUUGGGGAUUCUGGGUGUAGUCUGGGACUCUGGGGGACAGCCGCACAGCAUGGAGGUGGUCACGGGUCCGUAGACGUCAUCCUUCAACAUGGAAGACGACUGGCCUUGACAGUGGCCUAUAUGAAGUCGAGUUACCCCGAGCUAUCAGGCGGUUGGACGCUUGGGAAUCCGCCAACAUGAGACUUCCUGGGAACCAAGUUCACUUUGAUGAACAAGACCCGAACUCGGAGAAGGGCAGGCAGGGGCUGAGGAGCUCCCUCAGUGGGCUGGACUACUCGCCCCUGCCCAGAGUCUCGCCUCGGGUGCUCGUGAUGGGCGUCUUGAUUUCCAUGGGUGGACUCAUUUUUGGGUACGACACGGGACAAAUCUCAGGAUUCCUCGAGAUGCCCGACUUUCUAGAACGAUUUGGCCAACGGAAGCCCGAUGGCACUCCCUACUUCUCCACGGUUCGCUCAGGCCUCAUCGUCGCCCUGCUGUCCAUUGGCACACUCAUCGGUGCUCUUGUGGGAUCGCCCAUUGCCGACCGCAUUGGAAGGAAGAAGGCCAUCUCGUUCUGGUGCCUCAUUGUGUCCAUUGGAUUUGUGGUACAGAUCGCGUCCAUCACAGCAUGGUACCAGGUGAUGAUUGGCCGUUUCAUUUCCGGCCUCGGUGUCGGUGGCCUCAGUCUCAUGGUGCCCAUGUACCAGGCUGAGACCGCUCCGUACUGGAUUCGCGGCGCUCUCGUCUGCGCAUACCAACUAUUCAUCACCAUGGGCAUCUUCCUCGCGGCGUGCUUCAACUACGGCACGGUCACGCACUACCCUAACAGCUCCGCAUGCUGGCGCAUCGUCAUCGGCAUCGGAUGGGUGUUCACCAUCGUCCUCGGCGUGGGCAUCCUGUUCUUCCCCGAAACCCCUCGAUACGACUACAAAGUAGGCAAGGCGGAGCGCGCCAAGCAGACGCUCUGCAAGGUCUACGCUGCCAAUAUGAACCACUGGUCCGUCUUCACCCAGAUCGAGGAGAUUGAGGCCAAGGUCCGCCUCGAACACAAGGUCAAGCAUUCAUCCUACAGGGAGUUUAUGGGCAUGUGGAAGGCGCCGCGCAUGGCGUACCGUGUCAUCCUCGGCAUGACACUGCAAAUGUUCCAGCAGCUCACCGGCGCCAACUACUUCUUCUACUACGGCACGACAAUCUUCCGCUCUGUGCAGAUCGACUCGUACAUCACCCAGAUCAUCCUCAACACCAUCAACUUCCUCGUCACCUUUUUGGGUCUGUACAUGGUCGAGCACUACGGUCGUCGCAAGUCGCUCAUCUCGGGUGCUCUCUGGAUGUUUAUCUGCUUCAUGAUCUUUGCCUCGGUGGGCCACUUCAGCCUAGACAUUGAGAACCCGCAGAACACGCCCUCGGCGGGUAUCGCCCUCAUCGUCUUUGCGUGCCUGUUCAUUCUCGGCUUCGCCACGACCUGGGGCCCCAUGAUCUGGACCAUCCAGGCUGAGAUCUUCCCGACCCGCUACCGUGCCAAGGGCAUGGCUCUGUCCACGGCGAGCAACUGGAUCUGGAACUUUUGCAUCGGAUUCUUCACGCCCUUCAUCACCAAGGAUAUUGACUUUCGAUACGGCUACGUCUUUGCGGGCUGCAACCUCUUGGCUGCUGCCAUCGUGUACUUCUUUGUCAUUGAGGGCCAGGGUCGAACGCUGGAGGAGAUUGACACCAUGUACCUCGAGCAUGUCGUUCCAUGGAAGAGCAGCAAGUGGCAGCCACCCAGCGCCGAGGAGAUGGCGCGUAUCCGACGCGAGGCCCAGACCGGUGCCGAAGCGGACAUCCUGGACGCCAGCGCGUACGAGGCCGCUGGUACUGGCAGUGACGAUGCACUCCGGGGGACGAACGGUGCGAAGAAGGAAGGGAAUGAGACGGGCACUGGACUUCUGAGCGGGGAAACGACAUCGCAUCAGGAGCAUGCUUAGUCUAGUUUGAGAGAUUUGUACGGGUAUGCAUGCAUGGUUUCGGUGGGUAUAGUUUGCAUUCUUGGGACACUGGAGCAUCUGGUGUAUUCUGAUAUCUUUCAUGUCAAUUUUAUGAUUUAGUUUCUCUUGUUCUGUUGUUUGCUUCCACCGUGACUCAAAACAUUUCAUGACGUCUGCAAACUUGAGAUGCCUCUCAGCCUGUGGCAAUUGAAGGCAUUUGAUGUCAUGUUCGUGGUGGAGGUCGUGAAGGUUCAUUAGCCCAAGAACUCUAUCCCCGCCAUUUGAUCAUCGCCAAGCGGUAGCGUUAAAUGGAAGCUCUCUGAUUGACAUGGACGCUAACAUACUAGUAAGGCAGUGCAUGUGUCUAAG